GUUUUGGUAUAAAAGCGAAUAAACCGAGAACAUACGGUAUAUAAACCGAACCAAACCAAAGUUAAUAUGAAUUUAGAAUGCCAGUUAUAUUUUCUAACCGAAAUACCGAGGAACCGAAAAUCCAAAUCGAAACCGAACCAAUAUCCUGAUCGAACACCUCUAAUUGUGGAACCCACAUAUUUUUAAUUAUUUCAAAUAGUUGUCCAAAUAAUUUUUAAUUUAACAAUAAAAUGUACUGUUAUGGGUUCGUCUUUUAUUUCGUGGGCUUCGCCGUCUUCUACGAGAUUUUUCUUACAAGGGCGCUUCCUCUUCCCCAAUUUUCAUAUUACUGAUCAUUAUGACUCGAUCUCUGCCGUGUUCGCGAUUCCUCUACCUGUAACGUCUUCACCCGCUUCCUAUAUAUAUCAAUAUCCCCUACAGUCAGCUGCUCCCGUCCCUACUACCGCCGUCGAUACCGCCGCAGACGCUAACGCAGCCGUCGCCUACUCUACGUUCAACAGUCUCCGCCUCGGUAGAUCCGCUCAGUCCGUUGUUGGUCGCCUCAUCCGGUUCUGGGAUACUCAGAACGUCAACAAAAAUGGAGACUUUAUGGGAAUAACUAUUCUCCUCCUGGAUGAACAGGACUCGGUGAUCAAUGGUUUCAUUCCCGCAAACCUCACCAGCCAACACCGGUCGUCUUUAAAAGCCGGUUCUAUUGUGAGAUUGGACGGUUUUGAAGUUGAUCGAAUCCCUCACAUGUACAAGAUCACUGAACAUCAGUUCGUGAUCCGUUUCAUCUCUUCAACCCGUAUUGAUGAAGUCUUGGCUGACGGUCCUGUGAUCAAGUCCGACAAAUUCAUGGUCAGGCGUAUUGACCAUCUUCAAGUGCUUGCCAACACCAACUUGGAGCUCUCAGAUGUUGUGGGUGAAAUACAGUCCGUCAAAGGCUCCGACCUCUAGAACAACGCAGCCACAAGCAGAAUUGUUGUUCGCCUACUAAUCGAAACGACUGUGACCGUCAACGUAUAUUUGUGGGACGAGUCUGCAUCAAUCUUUAGGGGCCUCUUGAAAGCAGGAGACAAAUCUCAGUCCCUUGUGUUACUGACCUCGGUUAAUCCUAAACUGUUUGGAGGUGAACUGUAUUUAAACCCCACACAAGGAACUAGGUUCUUCUUUGACACCGCCGUUCCUGAAAUAGCAGAGUUUGUCGCCAGGGUUCGGCCUACGGCAGCUCAAGCUAGGGUAUACCUGCAUUGACACUAUGGAAGGAAUCAGGAGGAAUGACCUGCUCUCGAUAUGGGAACUCGACAACCUGGCGAGCCAGAUCAAGGAACACAGUGAGGUAAUUCUUCCAAACGAAUCUGGUGACGUCGGAUUGACCGCUUCCUCCUCUAGCCCGUCUGAUUUAGGAGCCAAGAACGGGGAGAUAUGUGCUUCAGCAAUCCCUCAUGAGAAUGCAGACGCUCUGAAGUAACUCAGGCGUGGCCAUGAGUAACACGCAUAAACCGCAACUAUCAGCCGAGCACCAGUUUCUCCUAUCUUUUUUUAAAAAAAGUUCCUAAUACACUAUUUUCCUCCAAAAUUUAUCUAUGUUUUGAUUAUUAAUGAAUCUCUGAGGAGCUUAAGUUGAUUCACAAUUUAGAGGUUAUUUAUUUUUAAAAUCAAUUAAAUGCCAGAAUUUUAA